AAGUUUCAGAGGCUCCCUCUGGAUUAUUCGCAACCCUGUAAUCGCAAUAUUUCUGUGCAACGCUUGAAUUUUUCAUUAAAUUUUGAGUAAAAUCCUCUGAACAUCAAUAAGAAAUUCCAAAAAAUAAUUUGUGAGAUCAUCAAUGUCUUCACAUAAUUUAAUUGAGGAUAUUAAUAAAAUAUGAGCGAAAAUACAGGAACGUUCGAAGAUAUUAGACAAGUAUUUUCUCGAAUACUCGACCAUAAGCCUGUUAUUCAGGGUGAAGUUGCUUAUUUCUAUCAAUCUUUUAACGAGAGAGUAGAGCAAAAUGCAUUAGAUUUACAGAAAUCGCUUGAUCAAGUUCAACAAAGUACAAAGACUUUGGGAAUAACCUUGCCUGAAACAAUGCAAUUAGAAUUACCGGAUUUACAUUCAAAAUUAAAUGAAUUAAAUGACUGCUGUCGAGCGGCUCUGGAUAAUAUUGAAGUAAAAGAUCUAAGCUCCGAGAGAAGUCGGAGAAUUGAAGAUUGGUCAAUGUUUAUGAAAGAUAUGUGCAGACAGAGUCAGAAUGUUGAUGACGAUGUUAGCAAUCAAUUAAAUCAAGUUUCGGAAUAUUAUUUGAAACUUGAAAAGGAUUUAGAACUAUCUAAACCAUGA